UUGGGCGGGACAUUGCGGAAGCGACGAGGAAGGCUCGGCGGCCAUUGAUGCGCUUUAUCUCCAGAGGACACAACGACAUUAAUUCGUCUGUUCCUGCCGUUUCCCGCGGACUGAAGCCAUGGUGUCCCACUCGCUCGCCCUGCCGAUGAUCUGCUUCACCACGUUAUGGGGGCUGGUGGGGGUCGUGGCGCCGUUUUUAGUGCCCAAAGGACCCAACCGGGGUGUGAUUGUCACCAGUCUCAUCCUCACAGCAGUCUGCUGUUACUUGUUUUGGUUGAUAGCCAUUCUGGCCCAGACCAACCCUCUGUUCGGCCCUCAGCUGAAGAAUGAAACUAUAUGGUACCUGCGCUACUUCUGGGAGUAAACGAGGUGUGUGUGCUGUGACACCUGUCAUCAUUCCUAUCCUGUGGUCGGCUGGACUUUAUUUCAACGUAACUCCUGACUGUCAAAACAUUCCCACGCACACAAACACACAAUCAGAAGAAUCGAUAAGACAACAAACUGUCAGUUUUUGGGGGGUUGAAUAUAUUAGGCGUAUGUACACUAGUGUUUGAUAAGCUACAUGAUGUUGGUUCUGACCCGGUACACACACACACAGUUUGAAGUUGCUGUUCCUGAUGACAGGUCUGUUAGGAGUAGAUAGAAUCCUCCAUCUCUGAAAUGUGCAAUCCUUAGAUAUUUUUAGUUCAUUGUGUGUUUGUUUACAUUUUUUGGGGUUUUGCUGCCAUCAGGGAACAUGAAUUUAUUUAAAGAAAAAAAAACAAAAAAAAGGCAUUUUUAUUUAUUUGGCCUGCGGGCGCUGAUGUAAGCAAACUGUAAUUACCUCAGUGUCCGCAGGGUCUUGUUAUAUAACUGUUAUAAUCUGUGAUGUAAUGGUGUGUGUGUGUGUGUGUGUGAGUGAGUCUGUAAGUGUGUGUGAAGAGUUCAUUACUGUGAGUGCUUGGACCGCGGCCAUGAGAAUCUCCCGAAAAACCGUAAAAAAAGUGAAGAGCGAUUCCCUCCCACUUCAGACCUCUUCAGCAUGAAACUCCCUCCCACAUCCUCCCCCCUCCUCCCCCACCUUCCCUGCUCUGCACCGCGGAGGUCCUCGUUGCCAUGGUGAUCUCAUCGCUCAAUUCAGUCCAUUUCCACUCGACCCCCUUUUUGAUGAAAUCCUGCCCAUUCUCGCCUGCUUGUGUACAGACGUACUGUAGGUCGCACUGUAGGGACACGUUGUAUUCGGUCAAGGCUGCUGAUGAUUUUCACUAUCUGAGCAUUUUAUUCGCCCCCAAAACUUCAUUUUCCAAUGUUUCCUCCUUAAAAUCAGCCUUUUUAACUAGAGUGACACCAAACUCCUCCAUUUAAACUUCAGCUAAUUAAUUCUUUCAGGGUUAGGGGCUCUUUGAGGCAGAGUGAUCCCUCCCGUCUAUGCAGUAGCAGAUGAAAAGAGGACAUUUAACACAAGAAAAUUACAUUUUCCAGACAUUUUUACUGGCUGUAAUCUGUUAGAAACCCUGGAAAGAGUCGUUUCAGUGAUGUCUAUCUCUGCCUAUUUAAUGAAAGGCAGAUCACAGUGCAGGAAACCCUGGUUUGAAGUUUGUUGUUUAUUUGGCUGAUUUACCGUAGAGAGAAAAAAAAAAGUUUCAGGAAAUGAUGAAUGUGUCGGCUUCAAAAAUCCCCAAAAUGGUGUAAAUGAAUCUUCCUAACCUGACGCUCCAGAUGGUUCGUUAACACAGAACCAUCUGGGAUGGAGCGGCUAGAAACUUUUUUGGAAAAGGGCAGACACUUUGAGAAAAAAAAUAAAACUUGGCAGGUGAUUGGACGAACCAUCUGUCUGUCACUUCAACCAAUCAGAGCUACAGUAGAGGAGCGUUACCACCAGUGGAACCAGUCGCAAAAGUUGAACUCAGUCGGGUGAAAGAGGAGCGAAACAUUCGUCCAUCAGGAAAAACCUUCAGCUGCGUUCUUUGCUCUUCUGUCAGAGAGAUGAACUCUGAUGUAACUGAUCGAUGGCACAGCUCAACCUAGCUUCCAGUUUACCCAGUGGCCGCUCACAGUAUUGCAGAUAAAAACUCCCCAGCAGCCAUAUUGUUUUUACCGCUGUGAAACAGUCAGCAGGACAAAUUGAACUGAUAAACGAGGUCAGUUAUGACUGCGCUUAUUAUGAAACGAGGCCUCAAAUGUGUAAAACUUUCCUGGAGCCAAGGAAAGUAUAAAUCUGUGACGCCAGCCAGAAGCAAAACCCAGGCGAGCAAUUCUCAUUGGCCAUCAGCAUCUACUUAUAUUACUGAAAUCGAUUGAUGUCAAAUCUAAUCAUCUAUCAUUCUGCUGUACUCUGAUUGGUUAAACGCCACAAGCACGUAGCUCGAAGCCUGACGAGAUGGUUGUGAAGACGCGUGUUGGCGAGGUCAAUCUGUACACAUGCAUUUGAGUAUGGAGUGAGAGAGCUACUGGAAAUAACAUCAGGUCAGUUAGAAGUCAGCAGGUCAAAGUUAUUUCCGUUGUCUGGUCCGCUGCAGCUGAUCGCCCACUGAUAGCCGACAAUAUACUGCCGUCUUCACGGUACGAGCCAGCUUGAAACAGCCUGUGGGCAGAGAGACAGUAUGGUUAUGUGAUACAGUGUUCAUGAUCAGAGGAAGUCGCCAACACCAACAAACAGUGUGGUUGUUCUUGGCUACGUACGUACAUCCGCAUACCAGCAUAUACUCAGUUCCUUCUCCAGCAGUUAGGCUUACGUAACCUCGGCAGAACGAUUGCCUAUUUUAUUAUUUUUAACGUGUAUUUUUAACCAUUUUCCGUGACUACGAUGCCGGUGUGUCUCACCUGCCUCUUCCUGAUGCUUUAAGAGUCUGAGCUGCCAGCCACCACCAUAACUAUGCCUUCCCCCUCUCCACUCCCCCAUCUCCAACCCCUCCCUCCUUCCCUCCCUCCUUCCUUCCUUCCUUAACGCCAUCCCUAACCCCCCUCCCCCAUCCUCUUCCUCUCUCUAAAACCACUUUGCUUCAGCCAAAAAGAAUCAAAAUCAAUAUACAGCUACUUUUUAGAAAGACCAAAUUGCGUUGUAUCUUUUCCUCCAGCCCUCUUCGGUAGUUGUGGUGGUGGCGUGUGCUGUGCAGGCAGUUACAGUUUGAUCACACCUGAGCUCACACACAAAAAAGGAAAAAAAAAAAAAAAAAAGAAAGUAUGGCUGUCCUCGCCAGAAUGCUGGUAUUUAGUUUCUCUCUGUGGCGUUCCAAGUGAACCAGAGUCUGUAAACAGAAGUCACAGUUAUUUUGGAGUUUGGUCACCUGACAAGCUGCCAGCUCAGAGAUGAAUUUGCUGGUAGGGAGUCAAAACAAAUCCUGUAACUUCAGCUCGGUGGUGUGUUCAGGUCCCUGUUCUUCAUGCCAGCUGAGAGAAAAAAAGCUGAAUAUGAGCAUCAGUCCAGACUGCGGUUUGCUCUCACUUCAUCUUCUUCUGUCGGGCUUUUCCAACCAUUAGCUUGCGUACCCAUAAACCCUUGUGUUUUGGGUUUGUUUCCGUCUAUUUUGGUUUUGGAUUACAUCUCCCCCUCUCGGUCCCACUCGUGAUGAAAAUGUGCUACACUCAGCUCGCAAAAACAGGACAGAAGUAACAAUCUCAGCGUCAGUGAAUCAUCGGACAACAAACGGCAUCGCUCUCACCCGGCCGAACAAACUGAACCAAAGUAGUAAAACAUUUCACACUCUUCAUUAAACCCCUCCACUCGACACCGGCUGAGAACCGGCCCCUAAAAAUGUCACAUUCUCUGCUUUUUCUUCUCCUUUCUUUUUUUUUUUUAACUUGUGAAUCUGUUCAGUUCCUUUUUUAACUGGCUGCUGUCUAUCUGUUAAAUAUUCUUGGCAACAUAAAUGGAGAUAGAGAUGGGUUUUUGUGUGUGUGUGUGUGAAGAGUCACCAUGGUUACAUAAAUCUUCUUAAUGGCAUAUCUGAUUGUUGGAGGAAAUGAGAUCCUACAUGUGACCUUGUGUUAGUGUGAAGUAAAUGCUUCUUUGUGAGCGAUGUUGUGUGCGAAGCACCUAAUAAAAAAGAUAUAUGUCUAA